AUGGCUUCGCAGCCUACCGCGCACAAUGGGCCCGCCAGCCAAAGGGAGACCCGGGGUCUCUCUGAAAACACAUCCCCUGCGCCGUUGGCCUCCUCCGAUCCCUCCAUUAAUGAGAAGCCUCGCAUCGUGAAAUGGAGUCUCGGCAUACUCAACGACAAAGAGACGGAGGAAGUCCCGGGCACUGUCCUCCUUCUCUCCGCAAAGCGCAAUGAACCUCUCGGUGUCGCACCCCAGCCUGCCCCGAGGCUCGACUCCUCGAUGCCUCCUCAGCCUUUGACGCCUAGACGGACCUCGUUCUCCUCCCAGCCUCCGACUCCUAGGCGAUCCUCCUUUUCGGACUCGGCCAAAAAGACAAAAGAUGGCCGGAUGAUAUUGGUGCCACAGCCGAGUGAUUCAUUGAACGAUCCCCUCAAUUGGCCGGCCUGGAGAAGAGACGUUGCUUUGCUUUCUCUCGGCUUCUAUUGUAUGCUUGGGGGAGGAAUGACUCCCAUUCUUGCGGCUGGAUUCAACAAUGUCGCCGAAACCUUUGACGUGAGCUACUCAAGGGUCGCCCUGACCACGGGGCUUUACAUGAUGGGCCUAGGAGUUGGUAGUGUCAUCUUCUCUCCCACCGCUAUUCUGUACGGUAAAAGGCCUGUCUACCUGCUUUCCGCCGUCAUGUUCAUCCUGACCUCCGUUUGGUGCGCCAAGGCUCCGAGUUAUGCUCAUCUGGCGACGGCCAGAGUGUUUCAAGGUAUAUCCGUCAGUCCGGUGGAAUGCUUGCCGUCGGCCACGAUCGCGGAAAUCUUUUUUCUCCAUGAACGAGCAUUUCGGCUGGGCAUCUACACCUUGCUUCUGCUCGGCGGGAAGAACCUGAUUCCUUUGGUGAGCGCGGCCAUCAUCCAAGCAAAGGGUUGGAGGUGGGUGUUUUGGGUCGUCACCAUUGUCGUAGGCUUUGCACUCUGUUUGCUGUUCUUUUUCGUGCCGGAGACGUUCUGGGACCGCACUCCAAGACCCAAAUCGCGUGGAUCGACCGCUCGACGAAGCUUGAAUGACCUGAUCCAUCAUCCGUUUCAACAGAGUAAAACAAACGUGCCACCAACGACCCCGCCGAAUCCGGCUGCGAUAGAAGCCGCCCUCCUCGAAAAGACCCUGACACCUCGCCAGCAAAUGCUGCAUGAGCAGCAGGCACAUGCGAGGUUCGAAGAUGCCCUCAACAAGGAGGAUGACCUCGAGAAAUCAGAGGGUAGCUCAACCCAGAUGACUUCUAAUGUCUCGGGAAGGGAUUCUGCCCCUCAAAAGGCUCCAAAUCAGGUGGACGGAGCGGACGAUGUUGUGAAAGAAAGCGAAGCCGCGAAGACUGACGUUCCAUCCAAGACAGGGCUGAUUACCGCUCCUCGCAGGAAAGCCAGACCGACCGGUCUAGCCCUUCCACCUCUGCCGAAUUUGGGCUCGGCUUCUACACCUGGAUAUGGCAUGACUGGGGAAGACGGUGUGUCUGGAGUAAGCCAGGCGGAGAUUGAGCGGUCGGUGCCGCAUCUUCACAAUCUCAAUUCGCCGUACUACGUGGACAUUGAAAAGAAUGACGACUAUCUCAGUCAUCAUGCUAGUCAUGUGUCUCCCGCGGACGAAGGUCGCGACAGCAGACCGGAACUGCUACACCAGGACUCAGGCAUGUCCAUACCUGGUUCACUCCAUAACACCCUUGAGCUGGAGAAAUCCCGAAGUAUAGACGAUGCCGGGUCAAGUUGUGCCAACCUAGCCCAUUACACGGCCAAACUGAAACAUUCUCCGCCCCAACCUUACCUUGCGACACUUCAACCUUGGAACGGAAGACUGUCCCAGUCAAAUUGGUUCCGGGUCGCACUUCGACCUUUCAUCCUGUUUGCCUAUCCGAGCGUCCUCUGGUCUACGCUGGUCUACUCUCUGUCCGUUGGCUGGCUCAUUGUCCUCUCGGAAGCCGUUUCGAGUAUUUAUCGAUCUCGGGAUACUUACAACUUCUCGGCUCUGGGAGCUGGGCUGGUGUACAUAUCGCCUUUUGUUGGAGGCAUCUUGGGUACGGCCAUUGCCGGGAAGGUGUCUGAUAUCAUUGUGAGGUACAUGUCGCGUCUGAACGGCGGGGUUUACGAACCCGAAUUCCGUCUUGUCAUGGGCAUCCCAAUGACGCUUACCACUGUCAUUGGAUUGAUGGGGUUUGGUUGGUCUGCCCAGGAACGGGACAAUUGGAUCGUUCCCACCGUGUUCUUUGGGAUCAUAUCCUUUGGGUGCAGUUUGGGCAGCACCACCGCCAUCACCUUCUGUGUCGACAGCUACCGACAGUAUGCUGGCGAGGCGUUGGUGACGUUGAACUUCAGCAAGAACAUCUUUCAUGGCCUGGUGUUCAGUCUCUUCUUCGCCAACUGGUUGCGGAGCGACGGUCCCAAGACGACUUUUCUAGCCAUUGGUGGGAUCCAGAUUGCUUGUCUGUUGACGACGAUCCCGAUGUACAUUUACGGCAAAAGGGCGCGGAUGUGGACGGUCCGUAAAGGCUUCAUGGAGAAUUUUUGA